UGGUCUUCAUAGUGACUUCCAUCUCAAAAAAAUAAUUUAUUGAGAGCUGAACGAUUUAAAUUGGCCUGUCACGAUGCUGUUGGUGUAAAAGAUGGAAUGAAGUUGAUGCAAUUGAAGUCAUGCUGAUAUCAAGAACAGAAGCCAGAUGGGAAGUUUUGGAACACAAAGGCGAAGAUCAUCGAGGGCCAGUCAAAGAUGUGUGACACGAAGGAGGGCUCGGGGAGGCCGCUGCAGAUGUCUCCUCCGCUGGCCGAUCAGAACCCCGCUGCCGACUCGCGGAAAAUGCGCCGGAUAAUCGCGGAGGAUCCGGAAUGGUCUCUGGCCACCGUGCCGCUGCUCACCAACCUCUGCCUCACUCACAUCAUCCAGAACUUCGAAGAGAACCCCGUUCUGGAGCAGCUGCUGCCGGCCCACAAGGCGUACGUCCACGCCCGGCUGUCCACGGCGCUGCCGCUGCGCGUUACCGCCAACCUGAUCAGCGACGAGGGCUACUGGCAGCGCUGCUGCGAGUGCCGCUGGGCGCUGAACAACGCCUCGGCCUACGGCGGCAGCUGGAAGCGCAUGUUCCUGGAGCGCCACCUGCAGGGCCUGAUCGAGCUCUUCAUCCCGGACGUGACGGACCCGGCCGCCGUGCUGGAGGCCGUGCCGCACUGCCGCGGCUUCGUCCGCCGGCUGGACGUGUCCCAGCUGCUGCCGCCCAUCCGCCAGCCGCGCGCCCGCGAGGAGGACGAGGACGAGGCCAGCGACGGCGGCUACGACGGGCCCUCCCUGGACCACUUCGACUUCAGCGUCCUGCUGCCGCAGCUGCAGAACCUGGAGGAGCUGCACGUGGUGUACCGCGUCAGCGGCUGCGGCAUGAACUUCGAGUGGAACCUGUUCGAGUUCACCUCCCGCGACUGCCACUCCCUGGCCAAGGCCCUCAAGUCCUGCAAGACCCUGAAGGUGGUCCGGGUGCAUCAGAGCAAGGUGGAUGAUGAGCGCUGCCAGGUUCUGGUGCGCAGCCUGCUAGACCACCCCGCCCUGCAGGAGCUCGAUCUCUCCCACAACCUGAUCGGCGACCGCGGCGCCAAGGCCGUGGGCAAGCUGCUGGGCCGCUGCCGGCUGCAGAGGCUCACGCUGUGCGACAACCGCAUCCGGGGUCCCGGGGGCCAGGCGCUGGCCCACGCCCUGGCCAAAACCUCCACCCUCACCGCCCUCAACCUCCGCCUCAACUUCCUGGGCGACGAGGGGGGCCAGGCCGUCGCGCACGCCCUCCUGAAGAACAGGAGCCUGGUGACCGUCCACCUGGGGGCCAAUCAGAUGACGGAGCCCACGGCCAUGGUCCUAUCACAGGUGCUGGCCCAGAACAGCGUCCUGCGCGACAUCAACCUCUCCUGUAACAGGCUGGGAGUGCUUCAGAGCCUAACGCCAGUCAGAACUGUGAAAGCGUGUCCGUGUAGCUGUCACCAAAAUCUUGUGUUUGACGGUGGAAAGGCUUUGGAGGAAGGCAUGUCACACAACUGCAGUGUGUUGGAGUGUGAUGUGCGGCUGACAGAUAUGGGACAGGAGAGCGAGUUCAGCAUCAACCAGAUCCUGCAGAACAACCGAAACAAAGCACGCACCAAACCGCUGUACCAGCUGCACUCCCCUUAGACACACACACACACACACACGCGCACACACACACUCACACACACACACACACACACAC